AUGCCUAAGGUACCAAGUGUAAAAUUACCCGUCUCAGGCCUGUUUGGCGUUGUCAAACCUUCAGGGCCCACGUCUAUGUCAGUUCUUGAGAAGAUCAAGCCCUUGAUCGCAAAUUCUUGUCUAUUCGUGGAGGUAGACAAGCUCAAAAAAGAAACCGGUCGUACGAAAAAGGCCAAACACACACGCUUUGGGGUCAAAAUAGGACAAGGUGGAACCUUGGAUCCUCUCGCUGAUGGAGUCCUUGUCGUGGGCGUCGGUAAAGGUACAAAGAAACUAGGCAACUUCCUUGAUUGCGUGAAGGAAUAUCACACUACAUGUCUUCUUGGAUUCUCUGCGCUCAAGAUGGGUGGAAAGCCGCUAUACGAGUACGCUCGCAACGGCAUUCCACUCCCGCGACCCAUCGAGAAACGGAAGGUUACGGUGCACUCACUUGAGCUCAUCGAAUGGAAAGGGUGCGAGCACAACUUCAGAUGGCCCGAGAAAAAAUUCACCGAGGAGCAAAGGAAGGCCGUAGAGACGGCGCUUCAGGGUGUCGAAGAGGAUGUUGCAAUACGGGACGAGCCUGAGGAUGCCACCGCUACUGAGCAGACACCUACAGCAUUCGUACUGCGAAUGAAGGUAUCUGGCGGGACCUACGUGCGGUCCAUUGUCCAUGACCUUGGACAUGCACUCGGAUCUGCUGCACAUGUUGUUACGCUAACGCGGACUCGCCAAAGCCGGUUUGCGCUGGAACCGACGGAAGAAGGCGACCAAGCCUGUAUACCAUGGAAGGUUUUUGAAGAUGCGGUUAAAGAUGCUGGACAAGCAGAUCAAGACGGCUGGGCGAAGUGGGAAAGAGAAGUAUUGGACAAACUUGAGAUAGUAGAUGGUAAAGUUUCAGGCGAAGCGGUCUAG